AUGCAGCUCUCACAUGCGCAUGAAGACAAGUUCGCCGCUAUCGGUGGUAUUGCGCAGCGUGUAUCUGAGCUUACUGGCGACGAGUACAUCGCUGGGCUGUUUAGAAGGGACUUUAUCAAGCAACUUCAGUGGUAUGUCCCUUACCAGACUGAUUUACUAAGGUAUAGGCCCACCAAAUGGCGAGCGCCAUCCUGGAGCUGGGCUUCCCUAGAUCGGGGCGUGAUCUAUGAUUUCCGGAGAGUAGGUCGCGAAAUGGUUUCGCUAGUCCGGUAUGAUUUAUCACACGUCGACCUCAAUAAUCCUUACGGUGCCAUGACCGCCGCCAGCGUGACCCUUUCUGGCCGUCUGAUCGAAGGUAGCGUGGCAAUGAUUGGUUUCCGGGCCGGAGAAAGCGUGCUAAUGACCCUUUCUGGCCGUCUGAUCGAAGGUAGCGUGGCAAAGAUUGGUUUCCGGGCCGGAGAAAGCGUGCUAAGGCUUCAGUUUGGUGCCAUACGGAUGGAAGGAUCUAUUCGUGAGCUCUCGGAAGAUGUAAUGGAGGGCCCGGUAUUGAUAAAGCCUGACACAACCAAUUUCGACGGCGUAGGCGCUGGGUCUGACGAUGCGAUCUUCUUGCUGAUACUGGGAUGGCAAUGGCGGUUCGGAAGAGGACCCGAUUCCGGUGAAACCCUUUCGGAAAGGGCAGUCCAAGAUUGCGAAGCUACAACGGUGUUUCCGGAGGAAGAUCGUUGGGCCGAUAUCGCUUUGUCCGGUCUAGUGCUGCAGCGCUCUGGGCCAGAUGCCUAUUCACGAUGCGGGAAUUUCCGGACGUACCCUUAUUCGCGGCCAUCAUCGGUUGAGGUACCACAGCUCUUGCGUCAAUGGACGCAGGCAAGAGAGCAGAAGAUCCUACUAGUAUAA